AAAUUGGGUUGUGUUAACACUUAGCUGUUAGUUUAGGUUCCUUUUGAGGUUUGUGACUUCCUAUUACUGCAAUUGUACGCCCAUGAGGCUAGUGCCGGGUACUGUGUCAUACACAUGACACAGAUCUCAUCAGCCUUCAAACAGAAUAACAGAUCUCAGCAGUGUGAAGCAAAAGGGAGUUAAAGGACAUCAGCUCACUACAACGUUAAGACAUUUGUCCUCUAAGAUGAUGGGCUGUCCUGAGCAGAUAGAAACAAAUGCCAGCAUGUUUUACACAUCAAACCAAACCAAGAUGAGUUCCUUGAGCGUGUUCGCCAUUUCCCUCCAUGGCUUGUUCUCUACCAUUGGCAUCAUAGAAAACCUCCUCAUCCUCGGAGUAGUGGGCUUCCAUGUCCGUCGCUCUGUCAUCAGCGUCUGGAUCCUGAACCUCGCAGCCUCGGACCUGCUGGCCACCGCCUCCCUGCCCUUCUUCACCCUCUACAUGGCCCGCGGUAACACCUGGACCCUGGGCACAAACUUCUGCCGCCUCCAUUCCUCCAUCUUCUUUCUCAACAUGUUUGUCAGUGGCUUCUUGCUGGCGGCCAUUUCUAUGGACCGCUGCCUGGUGGUGCUGAAACCCGUCUGGGCUCAGAACUACAGGAAUGUCCAACGUGUGGGGAAGGUAUGUGUGGUGAUUUGGGCCUUGGCUGUCCUCUUCACAAUCCCCUUCUACAUAUUCCGUGACACCAUUCCCCUAGGUAACGGCAAGAUCCUAUGUUACUACAAUUAUGCUCGACUCCUCCCUGCUAAACUAUCUAACCUGGGGUCUUUAUGUAAGGAACGCAAGGAGGCCUUGGCCUUUAUGAAGUUCUUUCUAGCUUUCCUGAUCCCUCUACUGAUCAUCAUCCUCAGCUAUGUUGCUGUGAACAACCAAUUGGCGCGCAGAGGCUGCCGACGCCCUUUCCGUUUUGUUAGGCUCGUAGUGGCCGUGGUGGUGAGCUUCGUACUCUGCUGGGCUCCGUACCACAUCUUCAUCAUCAUGGAGGUGAUGGCCCCCAGGAAACAUCCUGCACAGAUAUUUGCAAGCCAUGCUCUCCCAAUCUCAGCAACCAUCAGCUUCCUUAACAGUGUCCUUAACCCCAUUCUGUAUGUGUUCAGCUGCCCUGACCUGUGCAAGAAGAUUAGACAUUCCCUGGGUGCGGUGAUGGAGAGCGUUCUGGCUGAGGAUCUGGCAGAGUUCGCCCGACGCCGCAGCACCGCUCGCAGCUCUAUCAGCACGUCCGAGAUGGUGUUGAAGCAGAGACAUUCUCUGACAACCUUGACAGGAAAGGACCAGGAGCAGACUAAAAGUCUUGCUGACUCUGCUCUGAACUCAUCGAAAGCGUAACGUGAAUUUUUUAAAUAGUAGCGAAGCUUUUAUUUACUUCUUUGGAACAGGCUUUAUUUGUAAUUUUGUAGUUUUCUAUCUAUAUUUGAUCACAUUUUACUAAGAAUUUGAAUUUGCUGUUGAUGAUGUGUCUUUACAUAAAUUGAGGAUACUUUUAACCGCAAAGCAUCACUCUCAUCAGUACAACAGAGUACAACAUAAGUUCAAGAAGGCGCAGAUCUCUCCAGUUGCCUCUCCAUCAGCUACGCAAAAUUUAUGCUGAUAUUUUUUUAAUUUUAUAAAUAUUAGUUGUGCCUAAUGUGGUGAUGUGCCGAUCUGACGGCCAAAUUCUGCUUUAUGAUGAAUCAGGCACAAGUUGUAUGAGCUGAUGGGAUAACAUUUCACUGGAAUUGUACCACAAACAAUUUCAUGUGACAAAUAAAAUUGAUUGACUGACUGAUGGAUUCAGUCAUUUCAUACUCGCCAAUCUGCGACUGCGAAAUACUGUUUUCAUUGACCUCCUGUUGCUUCUUAAUUCUCUUUGCUUCAAUUUUGUUUUGUUUUAGUCGAUGUUAAACUGUAUUUCCUGCACCAAUGUUUUAAAUUAAAACCCAUGCAGGAAUUCUGAUGGUUGCAUGAUUCACCAUUUGAACUCGAUGGGCAAAGCUAUUGAAAGUGAAUAGAGGUGAGCAGAUAGGCAAUGGAGCAAUUUAUUCACAAUUUAUCCCAAACAAAUUAAUUCUGAAUAAAUAUCCUAAAAAGAAAAUGUCCUUAGAUCAUUAUAUUUAACAUAAUUAACUAAGAAAUGCUCCCAAGUCAACCGAGAAGCUCAGUUGGCAUAACUCCUUACGUUCUAGGUAGGCUUUUAAUUUGAAACAUAGGCAUUUAAUUUCAUUAAAUUAAUAGAAACCUAAUCAUUUUCACAAGUAAAAUCCACUGGACUGUUGUUGUACUGAUGGAAUUAAGGGUGUAGAAAUGUACAUUAUGCUGAAUUUCUUAUCUGAGCCUUUAGAUCCCAAGUCUUUCAAUCCCUCCUCAAUAUUUUCUACCUGAUCUUUAUUAGCGAUAGAGCUUUAUUUGUUUGUGCUGGCAACAGCCCCUACUGUUAUGACCAUGAUGUUUCUUCAAAUUGCUUAUCAGACUCACUGUAGCAUACAUUGUUCAAGGAUUUACUCAGUAUUACUCUACAGUGUGUACUCUUAAACCUUCAACUGAAUGCUGACUGCUGGAACAAGCAUACAGCAUUCUGCAUGAUUUUGUUGUUGUUGUUGUUUUUUUUACUUGGAUGCUUGAUCAAUGUUUAUAGUUUGUUGAAUGGCCCAUACAUUUUUGCAUCAUUUUUUGUUUAUGGCUUUGUAGAAAGAGUUUGGACUAUAAGUCACAGAUACAUGAGGUGUCUCUCAUCAGUAUCUGCAGGAGCUGACGAGCUAUUGUGGAAAUAUGGAGAAACGGUAUGCUCUUCUUUUUUUUUAUUAUUAUAAAUUUGCCCACUGUGCUUAUCAUAGAGAAUAGAUGUCUUUGUCCAUUAUUGCAUUCCAUUCAUGUAAUAUCUAAACGUUUUAAUGCUGUUUUACAAACAUUAAUAAACCAACAAGAAAAGCA